AUGGAUUCUAGCACUUGUCCAUGUGUUGGCAAUCACUCAUCACACCAAGGAGCAGGCCUCCACUGCCUCUCAGCCGGCCUCGCCGUCGCACGGCCCGAUGCCUUGCGGUGGCUCGACGAGCAGCCUCCAGGGAGCGUCGUGUACGUCGCGCUGGGCAGCGAGGCUCCGGUGACGGCGGCGAACGUCCGCGAGCUCGCCGCGGGGCUCGAGCUCUCCGGGGCGCGCUUCCUGUGGGCGCUCCGGCCGCCGAGCGCCGCCGCGGCCGGCGCGCCGCCGCUGCUGCCGGACGGGUUCGAGGAGCGGACGCGCGGGCGCGGCGCGGUGUGCGCCGGGUGGGUGCCGCAGGUUCGCGUCCUGGCGCACGCUGCCGUGGGCGCGUUCCUGACGCACUGCGGCUGGGGCUCCGUCACCGAGAGCCUCCGGUUCGGCCUCCCGCUAGUGAUGCUGCCGUUCAUCAUCGACCAGGGCCUCGUCGCGCGGAUGAUGGCGGAGCAGGGCGUCGGCGUCGAGGUGGCGCGGCGCGACGACGACGGCUGGUUCGGCAGGGACGACGUCGCCGAGACCGUGAGGCGCGUGAUGGUGGGGGAGGAGGGGAAGACGCUCGCGCGCAACGCCAGGAGGCUGCGGGAGGCGGUCGUCGGCGACAACGGAGGCCGGCAGGAGCUGUACGUCGACGAGCUCGUUCAAUACUUCAAGAGGCACAGGUAAUUCACCAAGCUAGUCGCUUUGAGGAAUUGGGGCGACGCAAGUGUUCCACGAGCUCAGCUCGUUGAAUGCUACUCAAGACAAUUGCAUUGCAUUAUUGGUGUACCAUUGGCUGAGAUUUAUUUUACUACGGUACAUCUUCAACAAGCUGCACCUGAUAUCUUCUUAUGAACUGUAACAGUAUGCGUUACAAGUUUUGUUCUAGGACAUGGUAUUCGAUCAUAUUCUUUUAUCGUA